UAUACAUUGCAAGCUUUAUUCCUCUCUUUCUCUCUCCCAAUCUCUCCUACUCACUCACAUUGAUUGUGCCAUCUUUAUCAAUUGCUUAGUGUGCAAAGCAACAAGGCAAACUCCACUUUACACAACAUCUCACAUGGGAACCAAAACCCAAAACUCCAUCAUCAAAACAAACUCCAAGCUUUUACUAAGAAAAAGGACAAGCCAUGACUCACUUACUCAUCUCCCUAGCUCAACAUAAACCAAACUAAUCCUUCAUCCCCAACAACAAGAUACAUAUAAAUAAAAGCAAGAAAAAAAGGAAAACAACCCAUGCCAAGCCACGCAAUCCUAUCUCUUUCUUCUCUUUUUCCUACAUGGAAUCCACUUCCUGAAGCUAGUCAUUAGUCUUCAUGAUCAAUCAUCCUCUAUAUAUUAGUAAAGUAUAUGUGCUGCAUAUUAACUGCAUAAAUCCAAAUCCACACCAGCGAGGAGGUAAUGACUGAGCUGCAAAUUGUUCCGGCGGCCGGAAAGAACGUCUCGCCUCAGUAUGUUGAGAUGAAGGUGCCGCUCUACUCUUUUGGCUGCGAGAAGAAGGUUAAAAAAGCCUUGGCUCAUCUCAGAGGAAUACAUUCGGUUCAUGUAGAUUAUUAUCAGCAAAAAGUAACAGUUUGGGGAAUUUGUAACAGAGAGGAUGUUCUUUAUAGUAUCAGAAAGAAGAGAAGGAAAGCUCGGUUUUGGGACCAAACGGAGUCUGAAGAUAAAGCUAUGGUGGAGGAAACUGUGGCUCUGGAGAUUAAUGAUUCUGAGCCAGUUGCAGCAAGAGGGAGACGGUUUAAGUUUAGAAAAUCAUGGAAGAAGUUAUUUCCUUUGAGCAUGUAUUUGUUGUGA